AUGUACGAGGCCCUCGGCCCCAGCCCUGUGGACACGCCGACCGCCCCCGCGGGCCGCCACCAGCCACAACACGAGCAGCAACAGCAGCAGCAGCAGGAGCCUGCCGGCUUUGCCGGCCGCGGCAAGCGCGCCGGCGCCGGGGAAGCAGGGAACGGCGAGCAGCAGCAGCAGCAGCAGCAGCGGCAGCAGCAGCAGCCAGAGGGCCUCGCCGUCGUCGGCCCCAGCCGCUGGUGGCUCCGCGUCCGCGCCGGCCCCGACGGCGACGCCUUCGUCCGCGGCGUCACGCGCCAGCUGCUGCUCGCGCUCGCGGCCGCGCACGCGGCCGGCGUGACGCACAGGGAUGUCAAGCCGGAGAACCUCCUCGCGCCCACGCGCCCCCGGCACGCCCGCCCGCCCGCGCCGCCCGCGGGCGAACCCGUCGUUGGGGCCCGUGGGCGCGUCAACGGAGCUGAGCAGCGUCAGCGGCGGCGCGAGGGCGGCCCGACCUCAAGCGAGGAUGGCGGCGGCGGCAGAGGCAGCGGCGGCGGCGCUGUCCUGGUGCCGUGGAGCUGCAGCGACGACGCGCUGUUGCGGCUGAUCGCCUCCCGAGACCCCACCGGCCGCGGCCUGGGCGGCGUGCUGGCGCUGCGGCUGCUGCAGCGGCUGCUGCACUGGGACCCGCUGCAGAGGCCCACAGCCGCGCAGGCGCUGCGCCACGCCUACUUUACCGCGCCCGCCGCCUGCGAUGAGGGCACCGGCGGGGGCUGCGGGGGCGGCGGGGCCGCCGGAGAGGGCGCCGGCGCGGGCGCGGGCGCGGGCGGCGCGGCGGCGGCCGCGCGGUGCAGCUCGCUGGAGGUGGGGGAGGUCGGCUGGUGCUGA